AUGGGACUCGAACAGCAAUCCGAUGUGCUAGGAAAAUGGUAUUAUCCAGCGGAGCGCACUUCGGACAACGGCGACCGUCUGGUCGACUUGUGCGAACAGACGCGGCUCAUCAUCGCUCCCACGUUUACGAGGAAUCAUCGACGCAAUCUGCUCAUGUGGCAAGGCUCGACUACGUUAUGGCGAGGAACAUUCCUCAGUCAGCUAUCUGAAAAUCUAGAGCUGUUUGGGACGUCGCGUUCGACUCUGACCACCGUCCAGUUCUCAGCUUCAAGAUGCGGUUCCACAAGAGAAACCGAGGUUUCUCUUCAACCGAAAAUCGAUAUGGCAGGUGUGAAAGACGAAGAAUGUAGACCGAAAUUCCGCCAACGUGUGUCUAUUCAUGUUGGGGUGCAGACCAGAGAGAAGCUUAGCGAUACGGAUUCCUUCACAAAGUGCAUCCAGGACGCUGCAAAGGAAACGCUCCCCGUUUUGUUGCCGCGGAAGAAGUUUGCCCUUGCAUCUGCGGAAACAAAAUCCGCGUACAAUUCUGUAUGUGUCGCACGCAGCACUGGUGACUUCAACCAGGAAAAGCGUCUCAGAAGGAAGCUGCAUCGUCAACUGCAACAAGACCGCGAUAACGGUGGACGUCAAGAGCGAUGGAGUUUGAAAAGGCGUGCGAGGACAAGAACCCGCAGAAAGCCUAUGCUCUACUAA